AUUGAGGAAACACUCCCUUCCAAAGAAAACCUUAGAAGAAAAAAUGGGUGGCAGUCUCGUCGCAAAGAGAGCAGCAGUGUCAGCCCCAAACCAAACACUAAGCUUAUUCAGAUUAUCAUUCUGCAACUUGCUAAAAACCUUCAGUACUUCUUCUUCUUCUUCAGCAGCUGCUGAAAACCCUAAAAAUGAGACUUCAAAACCGAAGCGAAGAAAGAAGAAGAACCUCUUCGAGGUGGCUCAGUUUCUGCCUAAUUGGGGAAUCGGAUACCACAUGGCUAAAUCUCAUUGGGCCAAUGUAUCUUACGAGAUCACCAAAAUCAAUCUCUACAAGGAUGGUAGGCAUGGAAAAGCAUGGGGGAUAGCUCACAAAGAUGGAUUACCAAUUGCUGAUGCUGCUCCCAAGAAGAUAAGUGGAGUUCACAAGCGUUGUUGGAAGUACAUUCCCAGCUUGGCAAAAUCAAUUGAAGGCAAGGCAAGCUCACCAAAAUCAACAGAAACUGCUUCAAAAACUGAAGUCCAGGCAGCUUAAUCCUUUUUUUUUUCUCAGUGAGAAGUGGUGGACUGACAAUACCUUCUCUGCUGUCUCUGUUGGGUUGAUUCCUCGAGUUGUGAGAGUUGCAUUUAGCUGGGAGGUGUUUGUGUCUCUGGAUGUCGAUUUAACUCUUUUUUUUUUAUUGUAUUUGAUGUUUCUGUUUUUCGAUAACAUCCUUUUUAGACAUUUUACGAAAAAGAACGGUUGUUAGAUUAGACAAAGUCAGAAAUGGAAGUGGAAGACAAUAGAAGCAAAGAUUGAGCACUGUGGAAUUUUGUUCUUUAAGAUUUUCCUGAA